AUGCUCACUUCCAGCGAAGAGGGCCUGACGGUGAAAGAAAGGAGUCUGACCAACGGAAUUCGAGAAGUUCACUCACUACACUUUAAUAUAAAUAGCUUCAAUGAAAAGGACAAUAUGGUAUCAUAUGAAGGUGAUGCCAUACCUUUUGAAGGGUCCAUAGAGCUGAACAAAAAUGACAUCAAUCGAGUUGGACACGCAGUCUAUAACGAACCUUUGCACCUUUGGGACUCAUCAACCAAGGCUCUCACCGACUUCUCAACCGCUUUCUCAUUCACCAUUUCUCAGCCAACUAACAAAACCGCCGACGGCUUUGCCUUCUACAUGGCACCUCUUGGCUACCAAAUUCCACCCAACUCAUAUGGUGGCGCUCUUGGACUCUUCAACUCAACAACACAAUAUGGUGUAGUACAAAAUCACGUUUUUAUGGUGGAAUUUGACACAUUUAGAAAUCCUGAGUAUGAUCCCAAUGAUUGGAAUGAUCAUGUUGGGAUUAACAGCAACUCUCUCAAAUCCUUAACCUAUGCUUGGUAUGAUUUUGAUAACAACAUUGGCAAAAAAACUCAUGCUUUGAUUACUUAUAAUUCUUCCACCAACAUCCUUAAUGUGUCUUGGUUUUUCAAUGCUACUAGCACCAACACAUUGUCCUAUGAGAUUGACCUUAGGGGAAUCUUACCAGAGUAUGUGACGGUUGGAUUUUCAGCUGCAACUGGCCCUUUAAAGUUUGAGCGAAAUGUUAUUCAUUCUUGGAAUUUCAUGUCAACUUUGGAGUCCAUGGAUUCUGAGGUAAACAAAAACAAGAAGAAGAAGAAGAAGCAAAAAAUGGUUAUAGUUGCAGUAGCUUCUUCAAUUCUUUUAGUGCUGGUGAUAGGUAGUGUCUAUUGGUUGACCAUAAUCAUCAAGAAGAGAAGAACCAAGCAUGUUCGAGAUGAUGAUCUCGGAGGCACAUUGGUGACUUCAGAUCUUGGCAAAGCAUCUAUACCUAGAAGAUUUGAUUACAGAGAAUUAGCUGCAGCCACUGAUGGUUUCUCAAAAGAUAAAAGGCUUGGAAGAGGAGGCUCUGGUGAAGUUUACAAAGGAUUCCUAAAAGAUUUAGGACGUUUUGUUGCUGUGAAAAAGAUUUUUGCGGACUUUCAAAACUCUGAGAAAAUAUUCAUCAAUGAGGUGAAGAUUAUAAGUCGCCUUAUACAUAGAAAUCUGGUACAAUUCAUAGGGUGGUGUCAUGAGCAACAAGAGUUCUUAUUAGUUUUCGAGUACAUGCCUAAUGGAAGCCUCGAUACGCACCUCUUUGGCAGUAGAAGAACUUUGGCUUGGGAUGUAAGGUACAAGAUGGCACUAGGCAUUGCCACAGCACUUCAUUACCUUCAUGAGGAUGCAGAACAAUGUGUACUGCAUAGAGAUAUUAAGUCAGCUAAUGUUUUGUUGGACACAGAUUUCAGCACUAAGCUUGGUGACUUUGGGAUGGCGAAGUUAGUAGACCCGACAUUGAAGACUCAAAGGACUGGAGUUGUAGGGACAUAUGGGUACUUGGCACCAGAAUAUCUCAAUGGAGGAAGGGCUAGCAAAGAAUCAGAUAUAUAUAGUUUUGCAAUUGUAGCUUUGGAAAUUGCAUGUGGAAGGAAGACUUACCAAGAUGGAGAAUAUCAUAUUCCUCUAGUGAAGUGGGUAUGGCAACUCCAUGUGGAAGGGAAUAUUCUGAAUGUUGCUGAUGAAGGAUUGAACAAGAAUUUUGAUGAACUUCAAAUGACAUGCUUGCUUAUAGUGGGACUAUGGUGUACCAACCCAAAUGACAAGGAAAGGCCAAAAGCAGCACAAGUGAUCAAGGUUCUUCAGCUUGAAUCACCACUACCUGCACUUCCACAUGAUAUUCAUGAUCAUCACCUUCGACCAACCAUGGAGAAUUUUAGAAAUUCUUCUCAAUCAUCACCCUUCACAAAUAGCCUUGUCAAUGAUGGACGUUAGUUUCAUGUAAAAGAAAUUGAAUUAAUCAAUUUGGUGCAGCAAGUU